CCGGAGCCUCCGCCGGCCUGGCACGGCCCGAAUUGGGGGUGUCCCCCCCUUCCCCUCCCCGGGCUGCCCCCGGAGCCCCCCCAGAGCCGAGCGAGCCCCGCACCCAUGGGCUGAACGCAUCCGGCAUCCUCCAGCGCCGGGAGCCGCCGGCGCAGCCCGGCCUGGGGCUUGCGGGAAACAAAACCCCCACCCCCCCCCAAAAAAAAAUAACCCAAACCCCUUCGGCGUGGUGCUGGGGGGGUCAGCGAGCCCCCCCGGGACCCCGUGAGGGACCCCCCGCUUCGCCCCGAGGAGCUGCGGAGCCGCCGGCCCCGGUUUGAGGAGCGACAGCGCCGGUAGCAGCAGGUGCCCCCAUGGCGUCGUUCCGCAUCCGGCAGUACCAGGAGCAGGACUACGAGGCCGUCCGAGCUCUCUUCGCCCGCGGCAUCCUGGAGCACGCUCCGGCCAGCUUCCGGCACGUGCUGCGGGCGUCGCGGGUGCGCCUGGCGCUGCUGGCCGUCUUCGUGGCCGCGCGGGCGGCCGCCGGCUCCUGGGUGCUGGGGCUGGGCGCGGUGGCGCUGGCGCUGGUGCUGCUGUGGCUGCUGGUGCGCUCGGCGUGCGCCGAGUACGUGCGCGAGGCGCUGGGCACCGACCUCUGCGACGUGGCCGGCGCCUACCUGCGCUCGCCCGACUGCCGCUUCUGGGUGGCCGAGGAGGGCGGCGCGGUGGCGGGCAUGGUGGCGGUGGAGCCGGCGGGCGGCGGCGAGCUGGAGCUGAGGAGGAUGUCGGUGGGCCGGGAGCACCGGGGCCGAGGGUUGGCGCAGGCGCUGUGCCGGGAGGUGCUGGCUUUCGCCCGCGCCCGCGGUUACGGCGCCGUGGUGCUCAGCACCUCCGUGGUGCAGGUGGCGGCGCAGCGGCUCUACGAGGGCGUGGGGUUCCGUAGGGUGGGCGCUUCCUACCCCUCGCUGCUGGGCACCUUGCUGAACUUCCAGGUCCUGCGCUACCGCCACGAUUUGGGGGAUGGCGCCAAGUAGGGCCCGAGCGGCGCCUGGAACGGGCGGUGCUGCGCCGGGAGGAACCCCAAACCUGGCACAGGAGGUGUUGUCCUGGGUGAAACCCCAAACAUGGCACAGGAGGCACUGCCCCAGGAGGAACCCCAAACCUGGCACAGGAGGUGUUGUCCUGGGUGAAACCCCAAACCUGGCACAGGAGGCAUUGCCCCAGGAGGAACCCCAAACCUGGCACAGGAGGUGUUGUCCUGGGUGAAACCCCAAACGUGGCACACGAGGUGUUCCCUCAAGAGAAACCCCAAACCUGGUACACAAGGUGUUACUCCGGGACAAACCCCAAAUGUGGCCCAGGAGGCAUUGUCCUGGGUGAAACCCCAAACCUGGCACACAAGGCGUUUUUCUGGGAGGAACCCCAAACCUGGCACAUGAGGCAUUGCCCCAGGAGAAACCCCAAACCUGGCACAGGAGGUGUUGCCCCAGGACAAACCCCAAACGUGGCACAGGAGGUGUUCCCCCAGGUGAAACCCCAAACCUGUUGCUCUGGGAGAAACCCCAAACCUGGCACACGAGGUGUUCCCCCAGGUGAAACCCCAAACCUGGCACAUGAGUUGUCCCAGGAGAAACCCCAAACCUGGCACACCAGGUGUUCCCCCAGGACAAACCCCAAACGUGACACAGGAGGUGUUGUUCCAGGACAAACCCCAAACCUGGCACACCAGAUGUUUCCCCAGGUGAAACCCCAAACCUGGCACAUGAGUUGUCCCAGGACAAACCCCAAACCUGGCACAGGAGGUGUUCCCCCAGGACAAACCCCAAACCUGGCACAGGAGGUGUUCCCCCAGGACAAACCCCAAACGUGACACACGAGGUGUUCCCCCAGGACAAACCCCAAACCUGGCACACGAGGCAUUGUCCUGGGUGAAACCCCAAACCUGUUGUCCCAGGACAAACCCCAAACGUGACACAGGAGGCGUUUCCCCAGUCCCAGCCCCGUGAGGCGCUGCCGUGGCCCCAAAACCCGGCCCCGGGCCACCAGGCGAUGUCACCCCAGCCUCAAACAGAGAAAUUAAGAAUCAGGAAUGGCGUAUAAAGAAAUGCUUUGAGCAGAAGAAGGGGCUACAAAACCCGUGUGAAGUGCUGAGUGCUCCCGCAAGAGGAGAAUAAAGACUAAAGAUAAGGAGUGAAAUGAAAUAAAUAAAUUGGGCGCGAGGAUAAAGGCGCCGCAGGAUGAG